AUGAGUGAGUCAUGGAACGGGAUAAGGGUAGAUAGUAAUGCUAGCUUUGGAGUGGCUAAGGAGUUUAUGGUGGUGAAAGUCAAAAUUAAGAAGUGGUGCAAAGAGAAGGGGUGUCAUAUUUUUUGUUAUUCUAUUUUAUGUCCAUGGCACAGGGAUGAUCCAGAAUCUGUGGAGAUUUGUUUCAAGGAUAUGGAGUGCCUUGCACCUGAAGGCUAUCUAACGUCGCCUAUAAUGAAUUUUUACAUCCAAUAUUUACAGCAGCAAGCAUCCCCAUCUAAUAGAGCAAUAUAUGAUUGUCAUUUUUUUAAUACAUAUUUCUACAAGAAGCUCAAGGAGGCUCUAUCCUUUAAGGGGAAUGACAAAGAGGCUUUUUUUGUCAAGUUCAGACGGUGGUGGAAAGGUGUCAAUAUAUUCCAGAAGGCAUACGUGCUAAUACCAAUACAUGAAGAUCUCCAUUGGAGCUUGGUGAUUAUUUGCAUUCCAGACAAGGAAGAUGAAUCUGGACCAAUAAUCCUUCAUUUAGAUUCCUUAGCAUUUCACUCUAGCAGAUCAGUCUUUGAUAACAUCAGAAGUUAUUUGAAGGCUGAAUGGAACUAUUUGAAUCAAGAUGUUACUCCCUUGGAUCUUCCAAUUGCAGACAGAAUAUGGAGGCACCUUCCUCGUAGAAUUGAUGAAAAGAUACUUACGGUUCCACAGCAGAAAAAUGAUUAUGACUGUGGUCUCUUUGUACUUUUCUUCAUGGAACGUUUCAUUGAAGAGGCUCCAGAAAGGUUGAAAAAGAAGGAUCUGGCAAUGUUCGGUAGACAGUGGUUCAAGCCUGAAGAGGCAUCUGGUUUGAGAGCAAAAAUCCGGCAUAUUCUUUUAGAGCAGUUCAAAAAAGCUUGCAAAUGAGUGGUGUCUUUAAGAAUCCUCCUCUCUUGUCCUCGAGGAGAUGUUAAUUGGAGAUGCAAUUACUUUCAACAAUGAAAGUAUACUCACAGCGAUCGUGUUCGAUAUACUGAAGGCAAAACAGGUAAAAAAAGAAAAAAGAAAAACAAGAAAUCUGUACAAAAAGGAAAUUAAUUGAGAAAGCAUAGUCACCAAGAAGGCAGAUGAGAUGCCAGUUUAUCUUCAAUUUAGUGCUGAAAGGUUUUGGUGACUUUUAAAAAAAAAGAAAAAAAAAAAGAAAGCUAGUCUGCUGUACAGGGAACAGCUUGGAAUGGUGGUCACCAAAUACCACCAUGUUAAUUGUAAUCAAAAGUUUUCUUUCAUUCAUACUUUCUCUCUCUCUCU